UCCCACGCCCACCGCGCGCGCGAUCUAAUCGUUCCGAACCCGCGCUGAGAACCCCCCCCCGUGUUCACAGAUCAAUGGAAGCGCACCUGGUCCUGUCGCUAGCGAAGUACCCCGUGAUCUCGUUCGGCACCGGCUCUGCGGUGCGGCUGCCCGGCCCGUCGAUCGACAAGCCCAACAUCUACAGCUUCAACAGCACCACCUACGACGAGAUGUUCCAGGAGCUCAAGAGCAAGGAUCCCCGCCUGUACUCGGCAAACGGAUUGCUGCAGAUGCUGGAUCGCAAUAGACACAUCAAGGGACAUCCGGAGCGCUGGCAGGAUUGGAAGGUGGGCGUGCCGAGGCUGGAGGGGAGUGGGGCUGUGGGUGGGGGAGGGGGGGAGGGCGUUAAGGAGGGCGUUGUGGACGUCGUCGUCACGUGCGAGGAGAGAUGCUGGGACGCUGUGCUGGAUGACCUAACCAACCGCAACUCCCCUCUCAACCGGCUAGUGCACGUAAUCAACAUCGACAUCAAGGACAACCACGAGGAGGCGAUCGUGGGGGGGCGCGGGAUCCUGGAGCUGGCGAACAUGCUCACCGCCGCUGCGAAGGAGGAACGCGAUAGGGCUGAUGCCGACGGCAGACCGUUUGAGCGUGGCACCGUGGAUGCGCGUGUGCCAGAGGUCCUCGGAAAGUGGCAGGAGAAGUGGACUAAUUUGCCGGCGCUGUGGAGUGUGACUUACUUCUAGGGGGUGGGGCAUGGG